AUAUACGAAAGGUAAACAGACCCAAAGAAAAUGUUCGCCAGAAGUGUUUUCUUUGCCGCAACAAUUUUCGCGAUCGUCAACAAAUCAACUCAGUUCCAAGAUGAAUUUCACGAAGAACUAUUCCUCAAGCCACUCCCAACCGGUCACAUUAACAGUUACUUUCAAUUUUCAACGGAAUGGUCAUUAAACCGUGGAGAGAGCCUUCAACACACGAAUUUGGUGUCACGGUCUAUUGCUGAAAUAUUCCACCACUACCACAUCAAAGAAUUGCAUAUCAGUUUGACCAAUGGACUUUGGCGAUACGAAAAUUGGGGUUAUCCAGUUGUUCCCGGUGCACCGGGUGCUGAGGUUUGGGCGUGGUUUGAUGGCAGCUUAAAUAAAACCGACGUUGACGAAGAGUGGAAGAAUCUUUGUGGCACGCUGUCUGGACUGCUAUGUGCAUCGCUAAGCUUCAUCGACAAUUCCAACACGUUGAAUCCGAAAUUUUCAUUUCGUCCUCAAUUUGCCGAUGGACUGAAAGAGCCGGACAGUAAAUCCAUUCGGUAUGCAACGCUGCCUAGAGAAAUCGUUUGUACGGAGAAUUUGACGCCAUGGAAAAAGUUAUUGCCCUGCAGCAAUCGAGACGGCUUAGCCAGCCUGUUGAAUUCUGGUUUCAUUCACAGCACAAACUACCAUUCGUUGGGCUUGCAUAUCAGGACGCUGUCCCAGUCGGGCAGUUUCUAUAAAAUGCAAGUGAAACAAACGGUCAAUUUGGUGUUUGACAAGAAAAUUGUCAGUCAUAAUGCGGAUUGGUCGAUGCGACGAAUGUUUGGUCAAGGACUGAUCAGUGGAUGUUUCCUGUCGAAAACGAGCAAAGUUUAUUUGGAUGUAACGAAUCAGGACUUUGACAUCACUCCAAAUCCAACGCGACUGCUAACCUCUCAACGCGGUGGAUCAAUCACGAAAAUUGCCGAAUUCGACUUGAAACUGAGACAUCGAAACGAUGCAUCGUUUAACAUUGCAGCCAUUGCGCGAGAGAAAAACUCCAAGGUUGUGAACAUUAUCUCACCACCACCGCUGUUCGCCAAACGAUUUCUGUUGGGAGUGGGUCAGGAGCACGGCAAAAUUGUGACCAAAGUAACGAACACGCAUUGGGCCGGCUUGCAGGUGGUUUUCCAAGAGAACAUUCCAUGGUUUGUGCCAAUUUAUUUGCAUUCAUUGAAAAUCAGUCACGGCGCCACCACAAUCGAACCGUCUGUAAUACAUUAUGUGCCCGGCAUACGACGUGAACGAGCCUAUGAACUGGAAAUUGCAUUUACCAUUCCCGCUAAGUCGACGGUCGAAAUUUCAAUUGAUUUCGACUACAUUUUCUUGAAAUGGUUGGAAUAUCCACCGGACGCUAACCACGGUCAUUAUUUGGGAUCGGCCGUUUUGUCCGUGCAAUUGCCGGUGGCACGGAAUUACACCGGUGUACCAGUGGAUCGAUUCCUGUUCGCCGACAGUUUCAAUGCGUCGCGACCAGCAUAUUUUGUUCAAAUUCGAACGGAAGCUUUGCUGAUAUCGUUACCAACACCCGAUUUCAGUAUGCCGUACAAUGUGAUUUGUUUGACCUGUACCGUUGUUGCCUUGGCCUUUGGACCAAUUCACAACAUUUCAACCAAAAAAAUUGUGAUUCGAGAUAAGCAAGGCAAAAAGACGCUCGUGGAGAAGAUCAAACAAUUUUUUGUAAAAACCAAAAAGACACCAAAUACUACGACUGAGCCUACCGAUCAAUGUGGCGAACCCACUGCCGAGCCUGUCGAUCAAUGUAACGAAAAGACCGAAUAAAUUUUCAGAAUUUGUUUUUAUUCA